UUCUGUAACUAGGAAAGAAAGCAAGAGCCCAGUGUGCUUUUAGCUGAAAGGCCGUAGGAAAUGAUGCUGCUGCCAUCUUCUGGUCCGCAUGGCCCAAGUGAGGAGGAAACAGUCCUCAGCAUGGCAGAAACCGGCAGAAAAUUUCAGUUGACCAAAGAAAUGGUGAUGGAGAAGCCAAGUCCCCUGCUUGUCGGGCGGGAAUUUGUGAGGCAGUAUUAUACUUUGCUGAACCAGGCACCGGACUUUCUCCACAGGUUUUAUGGGAAAAGUUCUUCCUAUGUUCAUGGUGGCUUGGAUAGCAAUGGGAAACCUGCAGAUGCUGUUUAUGGGCAGACUGACAUCCACAAGAAAGUAAUGUCUUUGAAUUUCAAGGAUUGCCGCACAAAGAUCCGCCAUGUUGAUGCGCAUGCCACUCUGAAUGAUGGAGUAGUGGUGCAAGUCAUGGGAGAACUGUCAAACAACAGGCAGCCAAUGCGUCGGUUCAUGCAGACCUUUCUAUUGGCACCAGAGGGCUCUGUGGCAAACAAGUUUUAUGUUCACAAUGAUAUAUUUCGCUAUCAAGAUGAAGUUUUUGGCGAUUCCGACACAGAGCCUCCAGAAGAAUCUGAUGAAGAGGCAGAAGAGCCAGAAGAGAGGCAGCAAAGCCCAGAGCUGGUUGCUACUGAUGAAGCUACAUACUAUGAACAGCCUGGAAGCAAUGAUUUAGAUGAGCCACUAGAAGAUCAGAUAGUAGAAGCUGAACCGGAACAGGAGCCUGAACUAGAACAGGAGCCAGAAAUGGUGGAAGAGAAAUGUGAGCCAACAUCUGAGGAACCUGCUCCAGAAGAAGAGGAGGAAGAAACCGUUAAUAUAGAAAAAAGCCCUUCCCCUCCCCCAGCAGAUCCUGCUCCAGCAGUGCAAGAGGACCCAAGGACAUUCUCAUGGGCAUCAGUAACCAGCAAAAAUCUUCCUCCUAGUGGAGCAGUUCCUGUGUCUGGUAUCCCACCACAUGUUGUUAAAGUUCAGACAUCCCAACCACGACCAGAUACUAAAUCUGAAGCCCAGACAACAACACAGAGGCCACCACAACGUGAUCAGAGAGUAAGAGAACAGAGAACCACAGUACCACCUCCCAGAGGACCCAGGCCUUUACGAGAAGGAGAGCCAGAGUCAGAAACAAGGCGUAUCAAUAGGUAUCCAGACAGCCAUCAACUGUUUGUGGGCAACCUGCCUCAUGAUGUGGAUAAAACUGAGCUGAAGGAGUUCUUUCAGACUUAUGGCAAUGUUGUUGAACUCCGGAUAAACAGUGGAGGCAAGCUUCCUAACUUUGGUUUUGUGGUGUUUGAUGAUGCUGAACCAGUUCAGAAGAUCCUAGGAAAUCGGCCUAUAAUGUUCAGAGCAGAUGUACGUUUGAAUGUUGAAGAGAAGAAAACAAGGGCUGCAAGAGAGGGUGACCGCCGCGUUGACAGACCACGUGGCCCAGGAGGACCACGCGGUGGUCUUGGGGGAGGUCUAAGAGGACCACCCCGUGGAGCAAUGUCUCAGAAGCCUGGCUUUGGGGCUGGAAGGGGUAAUCAAGGCCCACGCCAGUGAUUUAUGUUUUGGGGUGGGGGUUGUGGGGCUUUUUUUGGUCUCCCACAAGGAAAGGGUACAGUUCUGUCAUAAAGCCUUCUGAAAAUUGGGCCUAGGGUACACUGGCAUUUUUGCCCUUGUGACAGACUGCUAAACUUCAUCUGUCCCAACUUGCCUGUGUUUCAAUUUUAUGGAUAAUUUUUUUUUCCUUUUUUGAUCAAUAUCCCAGAAUCCAGCAUUUGUUGAACUUGAUAUAAUGGGAGAAAAGGAUUUAAAACAAAACAAUUCCCCCCCCCCUACUUUCAGGAGAGUGGACUGAAACUUUCCACCAGUCUGGAAGCUGGUUAGAAACUGUUUUGGCUGAUGGAAUAUUGUCAUGGCGCCCGAUUGAAAUCCUUUUCUAGGAGAGCCUAACUCCAGGCAUAAAGUAUUCAAGUCUUGAUAGUAUAUCCUUUCAAGCUGUAAUUAGCAGUGAAGAAUUCACUCCGGCUACUGAAUCUACAUUCGUGCUGUUUACUGCAAAACAAUAAAAGGUGUUCAUUGGAAUUUUCUAUACUAGAAGUUUUCUUUUUAUUAUUAUACAGCGAGAUCAAGAAGUUUUAACAAAGUGAAACUACUGUUUUACCACUCAAAUUUUGUUGUUUUUUUUGACUCUUACAACACCUGAAUUUGUGGGGGAAAAAAACACUUUUUAUCUCAAUGGGGAUUUUUUUUCUUCAUGUUUUAAGUUUGUGUUUGUAAAAAAACAAAAACUUUAAAAAAACAAAAUUGUUGUGCCUUCUAUUUAUCUCUCAUUCCAGUCUUGGCAAGCUUAAAAUAAAAUACAUGAAAUAA